GAUGAAGAAGAAGAAAUAAAAUUAGAAAUUAAUGUUUUAAAAAAGUACUCUCAUCAUCGAAAUAUAGCUACAUAUUAUGGGGCAUUCAUUCAAAAGAGUCCUCCUGGUAAAGAUGACAAGCUUUGGCUUGUUAUGGAAUACUGUGGAGCUGGUUCUGUCACUGAUCUAGUAAAAUCUACAAAAGGCCAGUGUCUAAAAGAAGAGUGGAUAGCUUACAUCUGUAGGGAAAUUCUCAGGGGUCUUAGUCAUCUACAUGCCAAUAAAAUAAUUCAUAGGGAUAUAAAAGGCCAAAACGUCCUCCUAACAGAUAACGCUGAAGUAAAAUUAGUUGACUUUGGUGUAAGUGCUCAGUUAGACAGAACGAUUGGAAGAAGAAACACCUUCAUUGGUACACCAUAUUGGAUGGCCCCUGAAGUCAUUGCCUGUGAUGAAAAUCCUGAAGCUACCUAUGAUAAUAGGAGCGAUCUAUGGUCUUUAGGAAUUACUGCUUUAGAAAUGGCUGAAUCUCAACCACCAUUAUGUGAUAUGCAUCCUAUGCGAGCCUUGUUCCUGAUCCCUAGGAAUCCACCGCCUAGGCUAAAAUCAAAAAAGUGGAAUAAAAAAUUUCAUAGUUUUAUAGAAACUGUUUUAGUGAAAGAUUAUCAACAGAGGCCAUAUACAGAUCAGUUACUAAAGCAUCCUUUUAUUCGAGACCAGCCAACUGAAAGGCAAGUUCGUAUCCAACUUAAAGAUCAUAUUGAUCGAUGUCGCAAGCACAAGAGAGGAGGUAAAGGUGACAUUCAAGAAGAAUAUAGGUAUAGUGGUAGUGAAGGGGAAGAAGAAGAUGUAGGAUUAGCCGGCGAACCUAGCUCAAUAGAACCAGUACAACAAGAUUCUACCUUGAGAAGGAAUUUCCAACAGUUGCAAGAAGGAAGGACAUUAACUUCUAAUGACUCAAAACCUUCUGGCAGCAGCUUUCAACCUCCAUCAGCCCCUGCUCUCCAAACUGAAACACCUGCUCCACCGCCUCGACAUCCUAUUCCACCACAAAGACUCAUUGUUGUGCCAGAUCCUCCACCUCCUAGCAAACCGUUACCACCAAUUCCUGUUGAUGGGAACAGGAAAGCCAAAGCAGCUACACCACCUAGAAAUGGUCAAAAUCAAAUGAUUCCGUUUCAGUCAUCACAACAGAAUCGAAAUUCUGGUGUAUUUAAACCUCCUGCUAGAAGACCAGAGGAUUUGGAAGUUUUAGCUGCUCAAUUAAACGAAUUAGCAAUUGGAGGAGCUGGAAGUCUAUCAAAUAGAAAUAAUAAUUGUAGAAUAUCUACAAAUUUAGCUGAAACGCCUCCAGGAAUAAAUGGUAUUAUCUCUGAGAAGUCCGGGUUGAAUAGAAAUGGUUCUGAUUCUGAAGAGGAAGAGGAAGAAGAUGAGGGACAAAUUCAGAAUGAUGGGACUCUCCUUGCAUCUGACCCACCUCGUCCUUUGGCCUCUGAAAAUCCGAUUGAAAAUAGGAUAUCAAGGCCUCCUGAAGUAUAUAGUGAAGCUCUUCGAAAUUUAGUUGAUCAUGAUAAAAUUCAUGAUGGUUCAACUCCAGUCAAUCAUGCUCCUCAUCGGCCACUUCCUCCAACGCCUGAUGAGGAUGAAAAUAAUGACAGAACUCUUGUUUUAAGGAGAAACCACUCAAAUAGACAAGAACACAACAGACGAACAAGAGGUGAAAAUGAGAACCUAGUAAAGUGCCAAGAUAAGGCUAAAGAACGCCAAAGUAGUAAUUUAGAAAAAAAUCAACGUAGACGUGAUUCUGGUCCUAUUGAAAGAACUGAUGCCAAUAAAACAAAAAAUGAGCAAAGGCAUCGCUCAUCGUCUUCACCAUUACAUAAAGCAACAUCUUCACCUUUCCCUUUAGCUACCUCAACUCCCAAUCAAAACGGCGAAUCUAAUCAUAAAAAAGAACGAAACAAUAAUUCUAGGCAUGACUCCAAGUUGAAAAACUUUUAUCAGAGUGACAAAGACAGGAAUGACAGGAGUGCAUCUACUGGAGGUUCUGAUCGUGGGCCCAUGCAGCGCAUGGAAUCAUCCCAGAGCUCUCCCGGCAAUAUCGGAAUGGCAGCGACCCGCUCGAUGGGUGUCCUGCCCGAUCUCUUGCAGCAGCAUGCGUCUAACACAUCUGGAAAUCAAUCAUCUCCGCAGCAUAGGCUACAAGACUCCACCAUAUCUGAUGAGGUUGGAUACAGGCAAGCUGUUGGAAAAGCUCCCCCUCAACUACAACACAAACAACGAUCUUUUCUUACCUUUGGCUUCGGUGCUGGUGGUACUGGUCCUUCUCCAUCUCCAAGGAGAGAGAGCCAUGUCAAUGUGAAUGUCACACCCACCUCUCAUGAGUCUUCAGCUGAUACGCCAGAAAUCAGGAAGUACAAGAAGAGGUUCAAUUCGGAGAUUUUGUGUGCCGCUCUAUGGGGUGUAAAUCUCCUUAUUGGAACUGAAAAUGGACUGAUGCUUUUGGAUCGAAGUGGCCAAGGAAAAGUUUAUCAGUUAAUAUCUCGUAGAAAAUUUCAACAAAUGGAAGUUUUAGAGGGUCAAAACAUUCUUGUCACAAUUUCCGGAAAAAAAUGUAGAGUACGAGUUUAUUACCUCUCCUGGCUGAAGAGCAAAAUACUACGGACGGAUGGUGUGGAAAAAAGGAGUGGUUGGAUUAAUGUAGGGGAUCUUCAAGGUGCUGUCCAUUUUAAAAUAGUCAAAUAUGAAAGGAUAAAGUUUCUUGUGAUUGCCUUGAAGGAAAGCAUAGAAAUUUAUGCUUGGGCACCCAAGCCUUAUCACAAAUUUAUGGCCUUCAAGUCAUUUACGGAACUUGCCCACCGGCCUGGUUUAGUCGACAUGACGAUAGAAGAAGGUGUUAGACUAAAAGUUGUUUAUGGCUCACCUGAAGGUUUCCAUGCGGUAGAUUUAGAUUCCGGAGCUGUAUAUGAUAUUUACCUCCCUGCUCAUUCCCAAGGUCCUAUUUCUCCCCAUACCAUAGUCACGCUUCCCAACUCCAAAGGUUUACAGCUUCUUCUUUGCUAUGAUAAUGAAGGAGUUUAUGUAAAUACUUAUGGUAAAGUUAGCAAAAAUAUUGUUUUACAAUGGGGUGAAAUGCCAACUUCUGUAGCAUAUAUUGGGACUGGCCAAAUUAUGGGAUGGGGCAACAAAGCAAUAGAAAUACGUAAUGUUGAAACUGGUCAUUUAGAUGGAGUUUUUAUGCACAAAAAAGCACAGAAACUAAAGUUUUUAUGCGAAAGAAAUGAUAAGGUGUUUUUUUCCUCAGCCAAGGGAGGUUCUUCGUGCCAGAUCUACUUUAUGACUCUUAACAAGCCUGGAAUGGCAAACUGGUAGCAGAUGUGAUGUGCUCCUGCCAUUCACAGAGAUGGUGCUCUUAUUACAUAAUAUAGGGGAAGCUUUUCCCCUAUUUUGCCUUGCAGUCAGUCAUAACAAAUAUUUUGUGUUUUAUAGAAGAUAUAUUCUCAUCACAAUUUCUGCUCCGGAUUCUCUUGUUCUUUCUUAAUUGCUCAACAAAAAGAAAAAAAAAAUCCUUUCAUGCUUGUAUACCAGUUACUGUUCAAUACAUUUAUGUGUGUUUUUAUUAAUGUUUUUGAAUUAAAAUGUUUUCUGAUUUUAAGGAGUCUUAAUAUUUACAUGAUGCUUUGAAUUUUACCACCAUUCUUGGUAUUAUUUUAAUCAAAAGCUUUAUGUCCAUUUCGUCUGGUAUACAAAAUUUACUUAUGCAAUUCCUUUAACAUUAUGUAUAUAGCCUCAUCUCAUUUUCAUGCGCAUUUUUCUCAUCCCCACUUCUUUUUUUUAAACAAACGGUAUACAACAUCCCCCCCCCCCUCUCCUUUUUUUGCUCAAAUGGAAUAAAUUUUUGGAAACGAGCUGAAAUCAGUUAGUUCUUAAAAGGUAAUGUUUUUUUUUUAUUUAACAAAAGAAUUAAAUUACUCCCAAUCAAGUUUAAUAAAAUAGAAAAUUUUGCAAAAAUUAAAAACUUUGUUCAAUUUAUCAAUAAGUGAACGCAUAGUUCUUGAAAAUAUUUUGCUCUCUUUCAUGUGAUAACAUUUUUUGAUGAAUUUUUAGCCUUUUUUCUUUAAGUUAUUGAAAACAUUCCAAAUUUGCCAAGUGAAAUUGUUUAAAAAUCAAGGUUAAAGAAGCAAGAUAUUAAACUGGUAAUUGUUACAUGUUUCCCUGUUCAAAAAUGAUAGGUAACACAUAAAAAAAAAAAAAAAUCCUUCACCCAAUAAAUGUAAACUAGGGAGUGUUAACGAAAAAAUUGUCAAAAAUUGUUAUAUUUUAAUAGUUUUAAUGAACAUUUUAAAGUAAGAAACAUAGAUUUUCAUGCAAAUUUGCUGUACAAAUUCCAUUUAAAAUUUAUUUGUCUUUAAUGGGAAGAGGCUGUAUUUUCUUCACAGUAAUCUGCUCAAAUAUUAUCUAAAUAAAGAAAAUUGUAGAGACUAUUUUUUCGUAAUCAUAAUGAUAAAAAAAUGCAUCUUAAUCCUGUAAUUUCUAUUUAGUUUGCAUGCUUGAAAGAACUUCUUAAGCAGAAAAACUAUUUGAAUGCCAAUAGCUUUGGUUAAGUUGCUGUAAAAGCUAGUGCGUUGAAUUCUAACUAAAUUGAGACAAAAACAUUCAUUAAAUGUUAAAAAAUAAUAAUUAAAUACAUAUAUUUAUAUUCCAAGGCAGACAGUUGUCAUGACAUGAAUGUAAUAUAGCUUGCUCAAUCCGUUUGCAUGGAUGUGACCUUUUUACGCAUAUAUUUGCACUUUAUUAAUGAAAUUAAACUUUGGCUUUUUAUUUAUGAAAUAUUCAGAUGUGAAAAACCAUUUUGUAUCAUUAUAAGGUAUCAAUUUACUAGAAAACAUUUUUGUACUUGAAAGAUGAAUGAUUUGUAAGUGUUUCACGUCCAUAAAUUUAAUUUGUAAAUAUGUACCAGAAAACAUUUUAGUAAGUCAAUACUUCAUAUUAUGAUACAUAAUAGUUCUUCACAUCCGAUUCUUUCACAAUUAAAAGCCAAAGUUUAAUUUCGGGAAUAAAGUGCAAAUAUAUGUGUAAACAUUUGUUUUGUAAACACCUCUCAUUUGUGCAGUUGAAUUGAGCAAACUAUGCUCAACAAGGAAAUAUCUUGUUCUGUUUCUAAUUUUCAAGCAUAAUAUUAAGUUGAAAUUUGACAUUUCAUAGCUUAAUGCUUGCUUCUCAGUGCAAUCAAUUUUAAAGUACAGAUUUUUUUUUCUUCUGUGUAACCUUUUAAAUCAUCUAAAAGUUGUUUCAAAAUUUAAUUUCAGGGUUCGUACACUCCGGGGAAACCUGGAAUUGUCAAGGAAAAUGAGAUGGUUAAAAAUGUCAGGGAAUUUUUCAAUUUUGGCCCCAAAUUUUUUUUUCCAAUUUUUUACCCGGGAAUUUUGUGCCAUGAGAUCUAAUUCUCGUUUCUAUCGAUGUUUCCUGAAAAAAAAUUUAAAAAUUUGAGGCAAAAUGAGGCUAGCAAUAUAAAAGUGGCAACCCAAAAAAAAAAACUUCUGCAGUCAUCAUUUUUGGUCCUCAAUAGCUCCCAAGAAAAAAAUUCCUCGUGUGAACAGGAAUUAUGCACAAGCUCAACAGGGGAGAAAACAAUUUAUUGCUUCUGAAGCACAAGCCUGAAGAUGGGAGGGUUGAUCGGGGAAAAUUGUUAUUUUGAUCGGAAAGUCUUUUCAGCUACGUGUGAAACGUAAUCACCAUCUUUGGUCAUUCACUAGAUAGAAGUAGACACAAUGCUUAGAUAAAGUAAGACAAACAACGUUAGAAAAAGCACAAAUUUGCCAAUUACAGUUGCUGUAAUUGGCAAAUUUGUGCUUUUUCUAACAUUGUUUGUCUUACUUUACUGUUCAGCACAAAGGUAUUUAUUUAUCUUACAAAUGCUUAAAUGCCUAAGUUUCCAAAAACAAAGCAGAAUAUGAUGUUUAUUGAACUGUAUGAAAGUAACGCAAAGUGUGCUGUAUUUUUUUUUUUUUUAAAUCAAACAUGUAAUUUUUUUGAGAAAUGAAAAUUUUGUUCUUAAAACUUACUUUUAUCCUCAUUGCCUUGGAUGCGAAUAUGCUAUAUAACUUUUCAACCUGAAUUGUAGUUUGAUGAAGAUUUAUUAUUGGUUAAUUGUUUUCAUGCUACAAAUUCAAAAGAUGAUUUAUUAAUUUUUGGUGUAGCCGAAAUAUUUGGUCAUUCCCAAGAAGGAAGUGCACAAGACUUUUUUUAAGCGCCCAGGUUUCCGAAAACAGCAUUUGAUGUUUAAUGCAAUGCAAACUAUUGAAAACAAAGCAAAAUGUGCCUUUUUUGGGUGCGUAAUUUGUAAUUAUUUUCUGGAAAAAUGUAAAAUUUUCUUCAAAACAUUUUAUUCUAAUUAAUUUAGACGCUUAUGUGCUAAAACUGACUGUUAUGUCUCAGGAUUAUUAAUUAUGACUACGUUUAUGCUACAAAUUCAAAAAUCUACUUAUUAUCUUAAAUUUUUCACUUAGCCGCCAUAUUUGGUCAUUUGCAAGAUGGAAGUAGAUGUAAUUUCCAAAAACAGAAUUGCAUGUUUAUCUCAGUGUAAAUUAUUGAAAGUUUCAUAAAAUGUGCAAUAAAUUAUGAAUGUGUUAUUUUUUUUUCUAGAAAAGAAAAAUUUUAAUGUAUAAGCAUCCUUUGAUAUACGAAAGAAAAAAAGUCGGAUGAUUAUUGGCAUUUUUGUUAUGCAUUAUAUGGUAUGCCAAUCGAUGCAAGAAGUUAAUCUUUAUACUGAAAAAUAGCUUUGUAUUUCGCUGAAUAUGUUUUGUGCUAUAUACCAAUAAGAAAAUAAUAAGUAUUAUAAAGCAACAAUUAGAACUAAACAUUAAUAUUAUGGAUGAUACGUUGCAUGGAAGAAACGCUAAAAUAAGGUGAAUGUACUUUGUUUUCAAUAAGUAGUAAACGAUUGAAAACAAUUUUGAAUAAAAUGUUUAAAAAAAAUUAAAUUUUGAGAGAAAAAAGAAAAAAAUUCCAAGAAUUUUUUUUUAAAUCUAAGAGGCAAAGUUUUAGUUCUUACACAACGCUACUUUAAACAAUUUUAAUUACUUUGAAAAUGUUGUUUUUAAAAUUAAUUUUGAAUGAAGCGAGUAACGUGGAAUUUUCUGAAAAACAACCUGGAAAACCUGAAAAAGUCGGGGGAAUUUUUUUUAUUCACUAGUGUAUGAACCCUGAAUUUGUAUUAGGAAAUACAACUAAAUUUUGAAUGUUUUCUUUUCUGCUUUGAAAUAUUUUUACUACUAAUGAACCUAAGAAUAAUUAAUAUAAAUCUAUCGCAUCAAAACAUGUUUUUUACUCUAAAAUUUGUCAUAGUAUUGCAUAGCAGAAUAGUCAUGGUUUUUAACAAACGGCUGGUCUAAAAAUUUGCCAUUUCUAAUUUGCAAGUACCUGAUAUUUUCAGCAAGUGGUAUUGAUCAUCCACAUUUAUUCAUGAACUCAUGCCUAUUUUUACAUGAGUUGAAAUACUGUGUCUCAAUCAAGCCAUGUCAUCUGCGGUGGAGUUCUAGGUUUUGCAAAUUGAUAACAGUUUCGGCAUUAUAUAUUUUGUGAUAAUGCUAUUUACUAAUCUUUUUCACAUCAUUUCUAGAGAUUGAAGAAUAUGUUUCUAGUUCUUGAAUAUUAUUUGUGAAAACUUAUAUUCCCUACUCCUUGAAUUAGAUUUUUAUUAUUUAUUAUUAUAAGACUGCGUUGAAUGACCCAAUACUUCACAGAAAGUUAAAUGAUAUUGUUGGAACUUUUGUACAUACGUGUGUACAUACAUAUACAUAAUAAAAGAUAUAACUAGGAAGUCAUUACUAUGCACUUUUAAAAUUUUUUGUGAAAAAUUUAUUUGUUCAGACUCGGUUUAUUAAUAAAUGUGCUUUCAUUGAAAAAAAAGCCAAGAUAUAUUUUAUAUUACGACAGCAAUAUCAAUAUCCAACAAUUUUUCUUGAAAAAAAAAAUACAUUUAUAGAUAUAUAUAUAUAUGAUUUUAGCUUUAGCAAAAUUAUUUAUGUUUGAAUUGCCAUUAUUGAUAAUUUAUAGCAAAAUAUAUUUUUAUGAAAUUCAAUUUUCCUUAAAAUGAAUCGAAAAUUGGUUUAUGAAUUGUAGAUAAAUCAUAUGCUUCUCGAUUGUUAAUAAUUCUGCAUUUGUAAGAAAUAUUUUGUAAUCUUCAGAUUUUUAAACUGUAGUAAAAUACAUCAAAACUGUGAAGUCCUUUUAUUUUUCACG